AUGCCUUUAGACUUGCCUGCCUUAAAAUCAUUAAACGCCAAGUCAGUUGUGCUAGCAUCUGCUUCACCUAGAAGAAAGGAGAUUCUAAGUGAUAUGGGAAUAAAAUUUAAGGUUGUAACAACUUUAAAGCCAGAUGAAAAUAAUCCUGCACUCUACAAAACUGAAGCAGACUAUGUGGCUGAUACGGCUUAUAUGAAAGCAAAGGAGGUGUUUGAUAGAUGUGAGGCAAACUUGCCCAAGGCUGAUAUAGUCAUUGGAGUAGAUACAGUAGUGGUCAAGAACGGUAAGGUGUUUGAAAAACCACCAAAUGCAGAUAAAGCCAAGGAGAUGCUUCAAGAGUUUAGUGGAUCAACGCAUUCGGUUUUGUCAGGCGUUCAAAUUAUUUACAAACUCAAGGACGGAAAAGUAGAAAAGCUUGGAUUUGUUGAAAAGACGGAUGUUACAUUUUCAAGCUUGAAUGAUGAAACGAUAAAUAUUUAUGUUAAUUCAGGAGAACCUUUUGAUAAAGCAGGCGGCUAUGGUAUUCAAGGUGAGGCCUCUAUUUUUGUCAAAUCGAUUCAAGGGGACUAUUGGAACGUGGUUGGACUACCUAAAAAUCACUUGUUUGAAGAAUUAGUAAAAAUUGCUGAUAUCUGUGUUUGA